AUGGCUCCAUUUACUUUUACCCUUUUUGCUCCGUACAAUAAACAAGCAGCAUUACGAUUAAAAAAUGCAAAUGUUCGAAUGUUUGGUGUUGAUAUUCUUAUGGAAAAAGAUGAAUCCGAUGGUUAUUUUCGAGCAACUGUAGAUUUAGCGGAUGGUAUUUAUCAUUAUCAAUAUAAAAUUCAAACAAAAUCAUGGUUUGAACAAGAACCAGAACCUGCAUUACCCAAUUAUGAUGAUGAUGAUGAAUUCAAAGAUCUAUCUAAUGAAGAAAAACAAGAAAAAACUGAAAAAUAUACUAAACUAAUUGAUGAAAUUCGAGAACGAAAUCGACAACGUGAACAUGAAGCGACAUUUACAGAAAUUUGGUAUACAUUUGUUGAUCCAUAUGCAACAGAUGUUGAUGAACGUGGAAGUGAUGAAUACGAAUGGAAAUACGACGACUGUGCGCUACCAAAAGAUGAACAACUUGUUAUAUAUGAAUUACACAUUGGUGAUUUUUCCGGUGGUGAAGGUGAUUCAAAUGCUCGUGGUACAUUUAAAAAUUUAACAAAGAAAAUUGAUUAUUUAAAAGAAUUGGGUGUUCAUGCAAUUGAACUUAUGCCAAUCAAAGAAUAUCCUGGAAAUCAUUCUUGUUAUAAUCCACGAUAUCAUUUUGCUAUUGAAACAAGUUAUGGUCCAACAGCUGAUUUAAAAGAAAUGAUUGAUGAAAUGCAUAAAAAUGGUAUUCGUGUUAUUAUGGAUGGUGUAUACAAUCAUAGUGAUUCUGCUGCACCAUUAACACAAAUUGAUCAUGAUUACUGGUAUCAUCAUCAUCCAAAAGAUAUAACUAUGUCAUGGGGACCUGAAUGGAAUUACAACUUCUAUGAUCCCAAGUUUAAUGUUUGGCCAGCUCGAAAGUUUGUUGGUGAUUCAAUUCGUUAUAUGGUAGAAGAAUUUCAUCUUGAUGGCAUUCGUUUUGAUGCUGCUCGACAAAUACAAAAUUUUGAUUUUCUUCAUUGGGUUGUUGCAGAAGUUAAAAAAAUAGCUCCACACAAACCAUUUUAUUGUGUAGCAGAAUUUUUACCUGAUGAACCUUGUAUAACAAAUAUUGAUGGUCCUAUGGAUGGAUGUUGGCAUGAUAGUUUCUAUUGGACGGUACGUGAUAUAUUACUUAAUAAUAACGUUGAUAUGGGUCGAUUAAAAGCGUGUAUUGAUUGUCGACAACAAGGAUAUUUUGGUGUAGCAAAUGUUGUUAAUUAUAUUGGAAAUCAUGAUCAUGAUCGACUACUUAUUGAAUUAGGUAAACAACGCAAUAUGUUCGGUGAAGAAGCAUUUAAACGUCUACGUCUUGGUGUUGUUUUACAAAUGACAAGUAUUGGCAUUCCAUUGAUUUGGAUGGGCGAAGAAUUUGGAGAAUACAAAGAAAAAACAAUUGGUACUGCAAAAAUCGAUUGGUCAUUAAUUGCUGAUCGUGAAGAUAAUUCUAAUCAAAUGAAUAAAAAAUUAUUAAACUUCUAUCGUGGUAUAAUUCGCUUACGUGAAAAAAAUAAAGCAUUUUUUACAACAAAUCUGAAUUUUAUUCAUGAAGAUGAUAAUACUAAAGUAUUAGUUUAUCAACGAUGGGCUGAUUCAGGUGAACGAGUUGUCGUUAUUGCUAAUUUAUCAGAAAAUUUUCUCGCUCAAUAUCGUGUACCAAAUAUGCCAGCAAAUGGUUGGUGGCAUGAAUGGACAUUUGAUUAUAAUGUGAAAGUUGAGAAUAAUGAAGUACAUCUCGAUAUAGCUGAGCAUGAAGCAAAAAUUCUUGUUUAUGUUGGUGAUAAUUUUCAACCAGCAACACCUUCAUCAGAACCAGUAGUUAAAUCAAAUCCUGCUAAUGAAUCAAAUAAUACUUCUCAAGAACAAAAACAGCCAGAUUCUUCAUUAAAAUAG